UCAACGUGCAAAAUUCCAUAGCAAAAAUGGCCAGUCCAAUUUGUGGAGGGGCCAAGAUCAGUUUCGAACGAGUGGCUGAAGGUCAAGUGGCUUUAAACCUGAGAGUCGAAGUGCCAGCAGUGGACCUGAAGGAACUGCUCCUUACGUUGACUGAGGUGCAUGGCCAUGAAGAUUUGCCAAAAGGUUACGGCGACGUGUCCGCGUCACCCAAAUCUGAUCGCUUUCCGACCUUUGAUCCCUUUGAGCAGAUCGAGGAUGAGAUCGAAUUUGAACGCCCCGGUACAGAACUUGCGCUUCAAGAAAUGGACGUUCCGAACGAGGAGGAGACGGUCGCACUUCAUGACCCAAAACCAUGUGAGGUCAGCGCUGCUUCAGUGAAAGUGCUGCGGCGCCACUCGAGUUGGGUGAAUGGUGUUGCAUGGGCAGCAGACCAGGAAAAUAAGGAGAACGAAAAGAUUGUCACCGGCAGUUCAAAUCACACAGCUUGCAUCUGGAAGCCAUCUGGAAAUACACAAUGGAAGGCGAUCAAGACCUUGAGAGCCGGCUCCACCGAUGGCUUCCGCGCCCUCGCGUGGUCACCAGACUGUUCCCGGUUAGUGGCUGCAGGCAUGGAUCAUGAAGCCUUGGUUUACAACGUUUCUGGCCCCGAGCACCGGCAAUGGGAGGCCAGUGGCAUACUUCGUGGUCACGGGGACAUACUGCGCGCCGUUUCAUGGUCUCCCUGUGGACGGAAGGUCUUGACGGGAGGCGAUGAUAAAACCGCCAGGAUAUGGAAGGCAUCGCGAAUGGACCCAUUGUGUUGGGAGCAAGUGGCCAUUCUCAAUGGCCACUGCGAUUCGGUGCGAGCCGUUGCGUGGCGUCCUGACCCAGACAAGGUUCGAACACAGAACCGUGUGGUCAUUGCCACCGGACUGGCCGACUCCACCAUCGUCUUGUGGCAAUCCCAUGUGGCUCCGCAUGACCGACGAUCCUUUGAGGUCUUUGCGACACUUUCUGGACACUCUGGAGCUAUAAGGUCUCUGGACUGGGCUUGGGAUGGCACACAGCUUGCCAGCGGCAGUACGGACGCCACCACACGGAUCUGGCACUGUGAUGGAUGGCAGGAAGUCGCAAAGCUCGAGGUGGGCACCUGUGCUGGGGUCAAAGCGGUGGCAUGGUCUCCGGAUGGCCGAAAGCUGGCCACAGGUGGUGCCGAUGCAAUUCUCCGAGUGUGGACCAGAGGCGAUCUUCACCAAUGGAACCUUGCGGCCGAAUUGACAGGUCAUCAAUCAGCGAUCCGCGCCCUGUGCUGGUCACCGGAUGGCGGCAAAGUUCUCACCGGCAGUGCUGACAGGACGGCGCGAAUUUGGCGAGUUGAUGGAAGGUGAAGAGCUUGAUUUUGUGUGUGUGAAACAGACACACAGCUUCUCUUGUAGGGCCUUAAUUCUGGGCCAAACAAAGAUGUUUCACGGAUGAAGGCUGUUGUAGCGGCUGAAAACACAGAGCACACUGCAG